ACGUUAUUCUUUAUCAGUUAAAAUAUACCCCUGCAAUGCAUUUGAAAUAUAUUUGGCUUUAAAUAGAUUAUUCACUCGGGUGAACAAAAUCGAUUACAACUACUGUGUUUGUCAGUCGGUGUUUAGAAAUUUAAACAUAAGUUUGUUAUUUUGUGAACUAGGGAUAUGGUAAACAACUGGACAUUUGAAAUAAUCAAGAACAUCUGAAGGAAGAUUAUUGAUUGAAUUGGCAUUCGAGUCAACCACUGUCAUUCGUCCCAUUUGACGACAAAGAUAACUGAGUGUAACCUUUCACAAAAUUCACAUUCGUGAUUUGGAUCGAAGUUUGACAGUGCGUGCACCCUCUUGUGAUCACUACAUUAUGUGUGUCAAAGUGUUUAUCGCGAAACGAAGUUAGUUCUAAAACUGUUAAAUCGCGAACUCAUUUGAUCAUCGCGAAGAAUUAUCCACUGAAAUAAGUGUAUAAAGAAAGCUCAACAACAAUCGUACUUUCUCCAUGAAUACAAACGAUGACCAGAAAUGAUGAGGAUAUCGGUGGCUGUUUUUAAGGGUAUUGGUGUUGCCCAAGUUUACACACAUCGAUGAAUGUUAAAUGCAUUUAAAGUCCUGCAAUUUGUUGAAAAGGAUAGUAGCGGUACUUUAGAUAAUCAAAAUAUGGAGGCAUAUACAGAAGAUAUGAACGUUGCACAAGACAGCUUAUCGCUAUUGCUCAAAGCAGUAAAACAUGCAAGUUCGUACAUUGAACGCGAAAUGUCAACGUCCAUUUACAACAUAGAAAACUUCUUCCAAAACAUAAGUACAGCAAUGACGAGUAUAGUUUAUUUUAUAGCAGCAACACUGGAUGUUAUAUUAAGAACCCCUGUGACUGUGAUUACAACUUUGCUCAGCCUUAUACAGAACAUUUUGAAUGGCACUUUAUACAUUCUACUUGAUGUGAUACUUUUCUGCAUGGAAGAAUGCCUUGUUUUCACAAUCAGAGCAGUUAUGUACAUUCUUUGUUCUGUUAUUGUCAACAUCCUUAGUGUUAUAUCAGUGGCAAUAUCUUUACUGUCUACGACUUUAGUAGGCUAUAUAACUAUCAUCGACUUUGUCGUCUUAAAUUUCGUCUUUCCUGUUUGUGAUGCGCUGUUCUGGAUGACGAUAGUAUGUCUAACAUUAGUAUGCUUGUUUUGUGCAUUUGGGUCAAUUGAGCAGUCAAGAGGGCGAUUAGAAAGAGUGUGGGAACGACACGGUAUAAAGUGUGUUCUCAUAUUGCCGGUAAUCUACGCCGCCACGGAUAUUUGGAGAACAGCAUGUGCCAUCCUUCUAAACUUUUUUCUUCAUCCGCUGCUGUACACUAGCAUUCUAGGCAUUGUGACGUUUGGAAUAGUGAUAUAUGUUCGUUUCAUGCUUAUAUCAAGCCGAUCGCUAUUCCAUGAAGCACGCAAUGACACGGUGUAUCAUGUAAAUAUCAUUUUUGGCUAUGCAAAACUUUACUUUCGAAUCAAAUGGAUUCGACUCAAGCACUUUAUGUUGGAAAAUGAUAUCUGGACCAACAUCAAGAAUAAGCUUAAUGUGAAAACUAGUGUUGACGGUGACUUUUCUUCGCAGAACGACAACAUAUGCGAGGAAUGUGUUAUAUGUUUUGAAGAAAAGGAAUUUGUAACGAUAGUGCCAUGUUUGCACAGAGGUAUAUGCCAAUCAUGUAUAUUCCGUGUGAUUGAGCACGAUUACCGAUGUCCAUUGUGUAGAGGAAUUAUUCAGAAGGUUCUUGGACCCGCUCAAACUUAGCAGAAUUAUAUAAACAUAUUUCGGGCAAAAGCAAACGCUUAGUUCAUGCAUAUGUACCUUUGUUUAUAACAAAUAUUCUGUUUUUUUUUACUUUAUAAACAUGAUAAUAUU